AUGCGCCCGGGCCUUCCUCUGAACCUGUACGAAGUCAAGUCGCCAGACGACUUCCGCACGCUGCUCGCAGAAGACCUCGCCCGCGUCGCGCUGCUCAGCUUCUGGACCCCGUGGGCCGCGCCGUGCGAGCAGAUGAACGAGGUCGUCCGUGCGCUCGCACUCAAGUACCCGCGCGUGCUCGUCCUCUCCAUCGAGGCGGAGGCCCAGGAGGACAUCGCCGCGUCGUUCGACGUCGACGCCGUCCCGACGUUCAUCCUCCUCAGAGGCAACUCGCUCCUCGCCCGCAUCCCCGGCGCGGACGCCCUCACGCUCACCCGCGCCCUCGCCGCGCACGCGCCCGCGCCCGCACCCGCGGCUCCGGGGAGCGUCUCCCGCGUCUCGAGCUCAGGCUCCGAGACCGCCCCGUCCGAGUCUGGCUCUGGCUCCGGCUCCGGGGCGUGGAGCUCCCCGGGCGCGCUGUCCUCGCCCUCCGCCUCGUCCGCGUCCACGUGGUCGUCGCCGGAGCCGUCGUCGCCCUCGGAGCUCCUGGACGAGCUCGACGCGCUGUGGUGCACGGGGCCGGGGAUGGGCGUGCCGUGA